UUGAAACGAAGCCACAGAUUCGCAACUUUCAUCACGAACGCUGUGGGAAAAAAAUAUAUUAGACAUAAUCCAAAUAUAUCUGUCGUUUUGAUGAAAUUAAUUUUAGGAGUUGAUGAAAUCUCGGUCAAAAUAUUGACGGUGGGUCUAAAUUUACCACCAAAGCCGAGAAAUAGAUCCCGCUUUGUGUGGCGAAUGUGUCAACGCGCGUCCACGGCGUAGCGUUACAGCAAUGGUUGCCCCUUUUGUUCAACCGAGUUCCUGAAUUAUUCCCAACACAAUGAAAUGAUCGGGAUAGUAUAUCGUUUCUUAAAAUACGUUUUACUGUACCCACGCUUCCUGUGCUCUCUUCUGGGAUCAUCUAAUGAAUUAAAAAUCGAUCUGAGGCAUUUCUGAGGCGCUGCGAGGUUUCCGAAGCACGCAGUCUGGAGGAACGUGGAGUAAUGUAAACGUGAACACCCUCUGUCCCAGCAGUGGCUGUUGGCACAAUGGGGCUGGACUUUGAUGUAAAGACGUUCUGUCACAACCUGCGGGCCACCAAGCCCCCUUAUGAGUGCCCUGUGGAGAGUUGCCGCAAGGUCUACAAGAGCUACAGCGGCAUUGAGUAUCACCUUUACCACUAUGACCAUGAUAACCCGACCCCUGCACAGACUUUGCCCCAGAAGAAGAGGAAGGGACGGCCUCCUCGUGUGUCCCUGGCUGGUUCGGGGGACACGGAUGAUGGCGGAGGAAACAGCGGCGGAGGACCGGGGCAUGGAGGGAACACACCUGGUAGCCCCAAUCGCUCGGAGCGCUCUCACUCUCCAGGGAGAGAUACCAUGACUUACGCCCAGGCACAGCGCAUGGUGGAGCUGGAGAUUCAAGGACGCAUACACCGCAUCAGCAUCUUUGAGAACAUUGAUGUGGUGUCGGAGGAAGACAGUGAUGCAGAGGAUGCACCGCCAUCUGGAACUGGUAGUAGUGCGGGAGGGGUUUGUAACGGUAGCGAUGGUGGAGCCGGAGGUAGCGAAAUAGGAGGCAGCGGCAAGGACCGCUCAGACAUCCCAUCUUCUAAUGGAGGCAAAGCCACGCCAAAGUCUGGGAAGCAUAAGAGUAAAGAAAAGAAGAAGGACGGCUCAUCUCAUCAUCACAGCGCUCAGUCCGGCCCGGCGGUCAAGCUCCCGGAGGCGGUGUUCAGAGAACUGGACCAAGAGAGACCCGAUGCCCCCCCUCGACCGUUGUCUUACUACAGGUACAUAGAUAAGUCUGUGGAGGAGCUGGAUGAGGAGGUGGAGUAUGACAUUGAUGAGGAGGACUACAUCUGGCUUGACAUCAUGAACGACAAGCGGCGGCGUGACGGCGUGACACCCAUCCCUCAGGAGGUCUUUGAGUAUCUCAUGGAUCGCUUAGAGAAGGAGUCGUACUUUGAGAGCCACAACAAGGCGGAUCCCAGCACCUUAAUCGAUGAAGAUGCCGUCUGCUGCAUCUGCAACGAUGGAGAGUGUCAGAACAGCAAUGUGAUCCUGUUUUGUGACAUGUGCAACCUGGCGGUCCACCAAGAGUGCUAUGGUGUGCCAUAUAUUCCAGAGGGUCAGUGGUUGUGUCGGCGCUGCCUGCAGUCGCCAAGUCGAGCGGUGGACUGCGCGCUCUGUCCUAACAAGGGAGGCGCUUUCAAACAGACAGACGACGCGCGCUGGGCCCACGUAGUGUGUGCCCUCUGGAUCCCAGAGGUCUGCUUUGCCAACACAGUGUUUCUGGAGCCGAUCGAUAGUAUUGAGCACAUCCCUCCCGCACGCUGGAAGCUCACCUGCUACAUCUGCAAGCAGCGCGGCUCGGGCGCCUGCAUCCAGUGCCACAAAGCCAACUGCUACACGGCUUUCCACGUCACCUGCGCCCAGCAGGCAGGCCUCUAUAUGAAAAUGGAGCCUGUCAGAGAGACCGGGGCGAAUGGCACCUCCUUCAGCGUCCGCAAGACGGCAUACUGCGACAUCCACACGCCGCCCGGGUCGGCCCGACCUUUGGGAGGGGUGGGCGGUGCCAGCAUGGGGUCUUCCCACAGCGAGGGAGAGCUGGAGGAGGAUGACGAGCCCAGCAUCGGCCACGACGACGACUCCAAGGGUUGGAGCUCCGAACGAGCAAAGAGGGCGAAGGCCAAAUCCAGGCUGAAAAUGAAAAGGGCGAGGAAGAUCUUAGCCGAGAGGAGAGCCGCUGCUCCGGUGGUGUCUGUGCCCUGCAUACCCCCUCACAGGUUGAGCAAAAUCACAAGUAACUUGACAGUACCCAGGAAAAGCCAGUUCAUGCAACGCCUCCACAGCUACUGGACCCUGAAGAGGCAAAGUCGCAACGGCGUGCCACUGCUUCGCCGGCUUCAAACCCACCUGCAGUCACAGCGACACAUUGACCCAGUCCCACCGCCGCCUCCAUCACAGCUUCCCCUGGUAAAUGUUUGUCUACGGUGCAGUUAUUUAGCCUUUCUUCUUCUCAGCCGUCUUAACAGGUUUAUGGGUUUGUGUGUUCUGGUGUUGCAGAGGGACACCGAGGAGAAACAAAGCGCCUUGAAGGAGCAGCUGAAGGCAUGGCAGAGACUGAGGCACGACCUGGAGAGAGCGAGGCUACUGGUGGAGCUCAUACGCAAGAGGGAGAAACUCAAGAGGGAGACGAUUAAGGUGCAGCAGAUGGCGCUGGAGAUGCAGCUGACUCCCUUCCUGGUGCUGUUGAGGAGCACUUUGGAACAGUUACAGGAAAGAGACACUAACAACUUUUUCACUGAGCCUGUACCGCUGGCAGAGGUGCCAGACUACCUGGACCACAUCAACACUCCAAUGGAUUUUCAGACCAUGUGGAACCUGCUCGAGUCCCAUCGCUACCUCACUUUCGAGGCCUUUGAGGCCGACUUCGGCCUCAUUGUCAACAACUGCCUCAAGUACAACGCCAAGGACACAGUCUUCUACCGCGCUGCCCUUCGGCUCAGGGAGAUGGGCAGCUCCGUCAUACGAACAGCCAAGCGCCAGGCUGAACGCAUAGGCUUCGACUAUGAGACCGGCAUGCACCUCCCCCGAGAGCCCAGCCCAGACAGCCAGCGCGACCAGGAGAGAGACAGAGAGCGGGAGCGGGGCAGGGAAAGGGACAGGGACAGAGAAAGAGACCCGCCGUUGUCUUCUAAUGAAGAAGACCUGCUCCUGCCCGAGAACAGGCGACGGCUGCCGCUGGAGGAGCAGCUGCAUUACCUGCAGCUGCGUCUGGACGAGGUGAGCUCAGGGAAGCACAGCAUCGGUCAGUCCCGCAGAGCCAAAGCUCUCAGAAAGGAGAUCAGUGUGAUCAAGAGGAAGCUCGCGCAUCAGCGCGAGGGAGGCCCCGGCAUGGGGGGCCGGGAGUCCAUGGGCGGAGGAGAUCGCGGCUCGUCUCUCCCCCACCUCUCGUCGCCCGCAGGACACCACGAUGAGGGGGGAGAGAGCAGCAGCCAGGAGAUUGGUGGAAAGGAGCUGAGCGUGUCCUCAUCCGCCCUGGCUUCCGAGGUGGGGCGUCGGACGUCUGUGCUCUUCUCCAAGAAGAAUCAAAAAAUGGCUGGACCCCCCAAAAGGCCAGGGCGCCCGCCCAAAAACCGGGACGCUGGCUACGGAGGUCCAGGAGUGAGCCAAAGCCCCAUCGGCCCCCCGCAGCUCCCCCUCCUGUCUCAAAGGCAGAGGAAGAGGCCUCGCAGCCCCCACAGCAGCUCCAGCUCUGACAGCGACAGCGACAACGACGACCUGUUGCCAGGUUUGCCAAGUAACGGGUUUGAUACAGGAAACCAGCCUGUGACAGAAAGCUUCCGUGUUUACAGAAACGAGCCCCGUCUGCCACGCUCAAGUUCAGACUCCGAGUCCACGACCAGCAGCAGCAGCAGUGCGGCCUCUGACAGGACCAGCACGACGCCCUCUAAGCAGGGCAGAGGAAAGGCGUCGUUCCCUCGCUCUUUCCAUGAAGACAGCAGUGAGGAAACUUCAGGCACUGAGAAUGAUUCCUACUCGGUCGGAGGGUCCCGGAGCGUUUCACAUUUGGUGCGUGGCCGAGACAGGCCAGGAUGUUGGAUGACCUCUGAUGACUACUCUUCUCUUGAAGCUCUAGACCUGGUGUGGGCCAAGUGCAGAGGCUACCCUUCAUAUCCGGCGCUGAUAAUUGACCCAAAGAUGCCCAGGGAAGGCGUGUUCCACCGGGGCGUCCCCAUACCCGUCCCCCCUCUGGAUGUGCUGAAACUUGGGGAGCAAAUGACCCUGGAGGCCCGGGAGCACCUGUUCCUGGUCCUCUUCUUCGACAACAAGAGAACUUGGCAGUGGCUGCCGCGCUCUAAGCUGGUGCCGCUCGGGGUGGACCAGGAGCUGGACAAGGAGAAGAUGCAGGAGGGCAGGAAGUCAAACAUCCGCAAGUCGGUGCAGGUGGCUUAUCACCGGGCCAUGCAGCACCGCAGCAAGGUGCAGGGAGAUCCCAGCAGCGAAACCAGUGACAGCGACUGAACACAAACCUCAUGCGUCUGUCCUUGAAAGCAUCGCAGAGUUUAUGUUUCUCUCUAGAGAGCCCAGCUCUACAUCAUAGAUUACAAGAAGCCAGUAGCAAAGAGUGGGGGGAAAAAAAAAAAAUAACGUCCACUGCUUUUGCCCCGAGACACACACACACAAACUCACGCACACUAAACCGUAUUUAAUCCGACAUGUAAAAUAUUGUAUUUAAGAGAAUUGAAGAGAAAAAAAAAAUGGUAUUGAUAAUAAUGAUGGACCGAAUCAUGAGUCAAAACUAUUCCUUGUAUGAGGUGGACAUACGUUUAAAGAGAUAAUGGUUUACAGGCUCAGAGGUGAACACAGUGCUACACUAUGAUGCACACACGUCGUGAUGCCUUUCCCUGUCUUUGCCACACACAGCAGCCCCACAUGUAAUGUUACAAGUGAACGGGGGAAACGCACGUCCAAUAAGUGCACCCACACCCACACACACACACACACAGUGGGCAUGUCCGAGGACGUGGCCUCCAUCAUCCAUUUCCACCAUAGAAAAUAAAACAGGCUUGGUGCUAGGCGUCCUGGAGCACAGAGAGAGACCGUCACAGCCUGAAUCGUGGGCAAACCAACGUUACUGUAAUUUAUUCUGCCGACUCUUCCACAAGCUCCUUUCAUCAUGAACUACUUCUAAUCACUCCGGCCCCACAAGACAUCGCUGUGUGGCGUUAUUCUUUCGUCCGUCAGUCUGGUUUUUACGGUUUUGUUAACACAUGUGUCACACAUGAAUAAUGAGGACUAAACUGAAACACAUGAUUGCCUCACUGUCUGUCUUAGUCUCAGGCUGAUGGCUUUAGAACUUUUAUAUAUACAGAUUGCAUAAAGAUAGAAGUUUAAUAAAAAAGAAUUGAGUUUUUUAAA